GAUCCACAACUCAAAUCAGAUCCUUCAAAAUUAUGGCAAGCCUCAACUUUGUGGACUUCCUUCCUAUUGUAUUCGCCUUGCUCAUCUCUGCCGGAAGUGCCACGCCGAUGGCUGGUGCCUCGUCGAUGCCGGUGGUCAAAGCGGGUUACUAUCCUUCAUGGGUUUUGGAUAGUUUGCCACCUUCAGCCAUAAACACAUCAUUGCUUACCCAUGUCUUUUAUGCUUUUCUUGUGCCUAACAAUGUCACCUUUGAACUUGACAUCUCGGAUUCGACGGCCACGAUCCUCUUAAACAUCACCACCACCCUCCAUCACAAGAAUCCCAGCGUGAAGGCUCUUUACUCCAUUGGUGGAGGAGGCAUCGACCCAGAUCCUUUUGCUACCAUUGCCUCCAAUGUCUCAUCUCGUGGAACUUUCAUACAUGCAACUAUAGAGGUUGCACGCAAGUAUGGGUUUGAUGGGAUUGAUCUUGACUGGGAAUACCCUCAAAACCCACAAGAAAUGAAUGAUUUUGGCCAAUUACUGAAAGAGUGGAGGCAUGCAAUCCGAAAGGAGGCUAAGAUCACAAACAGGCUUCCUCUAUUGCUCACAGCCGCCGUGUACUAUUCAGCAGACUUAACAGAUGGCAGCAGCCGCUCUUACCCGGCGGCCGCGAUUAAGGAUAACUUGGAUUGGAUCAAUGUGAUGUGUUACGAUUAUCAUGGAUCAUGGGACACUUCAGCCACGGGGGCUCAUGCGGCAUUAUUUGAUCCACAAACCAAUCUGAGUUCAGUUUAUGGGCUUAAGUCGUGGAUUCAAGCUGGGGUACCGGGAAAUAAGCUGGUUAUGGGCUUGGCGUUUUAUGGUAAAACAUGGAACCUCAAAGACCCAAACUCACAUGGAGUCGGAGCACCAGCCAUCGGCGUGGGUCCGGGAGAUAUGGGUGUGCUGACUUUCUCACAAGUGAUGCAUUUUAAUAACAGGACCAAAGCGACCGUGGCAUAUGACGUGGACACAGUUUCGGCAUAUUCUUAUACGGGGGCGUCGUGGGUAGGUUAUGAUGAUGCCCUAUCGACAACAGGGAAGAUUUUGUUUGCUCAGGCGCUUGGGCUUCGAGGGUAUUUCAUUUGGGCUCUCAGCUUUGACAAGGAAUGGACAAUAACCGCACAAGCUUCAAGGUCAUGGAUCCUUGACAAAUGAUAUGGGAGCUUUGUUAUUUGGCAUGUUGUCUGUUGGAGAUCAUCAUCAUCAUCAAGUUGUUGCUCGAGAAAAAACUAAAUAAAAAAAUUGGAGCAGGCAUGCUGCAUAUUGCCAGGAACCCCACAUCACGGCCAUGACAUUCAAUCUACUUGUAAAGUAGAACCAUUAAUAUCCAGUGGUUUUCGAUUUGUUGAGUAGUUUUGUAGCAAAUUAAAUUAAAGUCAACCCAAUCCAAUACAUCUUAUAUAUAUGUUGUGUGCCA